AUGCCUCAACUGGUUCUGGACAGAAAUAUAGAGAGUUCUUAUUUUUUUUUAAUUUUGAUCCCCAUAGCUGCGGUUAUUUUAUAUUCCCUUUUUAGAGGUGGGCGCCCACCUGUGUUGGGUCUACCCGAUCCCAAUAUUGAUCUGUCUUUAGCACUUGAUGCUUUACAUAUAGAAAUAGAGAUUCAACUUGAAACCCUGUUCAAGGAACGCUUUGGGCAGUAUUAUGUAUUGCCUGACGGAUUAACCUUCUCUGCCGUUGGUGAACAUCUGUACUCAAGGGUUGGAACCUUGGCUGGGUUGCAGGAUAUUCUCGUUGAUCUCCUUUUUCUAAGGGAACUGAGCCCUUUUUUUCAGUUUGCUUUGGAUUUUGUUAUAGAAAGGAUAGAUAAGGGAAUGAAUGUAGCUCGUAACGAACCUACUGAAACAGCCCUAGCCCCAGGCCUUGAAGCAUGGGAGGGGCUAGGGAAGCUCUUACAAAUCAACAAAGCGGGUAUUUUAAUGCUUAACACGGGGGCUAGAGCUGAGGUAAGUGCAUCUGAUUCUUCCUUUGCAACCGGGGAUGAAAAUCUGGAACAUUCCUUGGCAGCGAGUGAAACGAUCGAACAGGCCUUUACUAAAAACAAGAAUGAUAGCUUCAAGAAACAGCGAGUAGAGGGAUUGCAACACCCUUACUUCGGACGCCAAAAAGAGGAUGAGAGGGAAAGGCACCACGCGGUUAAGAAGCUGACAGAGAAGCAACUGAGCAUGGACAUCCUCACUGUGUUAUUCGUCUUCAGAAUCCUUGUUGUAUCUUCCACCGAUGCUAUUUCCUAUAGCUUGCUGCAUGUCAAUCAAGGUCCGGAUCGAAUCGCAUUGAGAAGGAAGGGAGACAGAUCUCAAUGUCAUGAUAAAAGGAGCAGGGACGGGCGUCAGAGGAAGCUGACCUGCACAGGAAAUAGCGAUCUUACUAAUCCAAUUCUAUGGAUUCGACUACCACCAGGAGAAAAGGCGCUAAGAAAACAAAGCACUCCUCUCGGAAGUUUCCAGGAAAGGGCUGCUUUCAAACCUGAAACAGGUCCAGGUCUUGGAAUCGGGCUAGGAGCAGCUAUUGAAUUUGUUUAUGGCGGUGUGAUAAUGCCAGUCGAAAGGGAAAGGCGAUGA